AUGAACGCAAAAGACAGACCAUUGAAUCAAUUGAUUGCAUCGUUGGCCAGGGAUGCGCUGAUGGGACCCACCAUUCAUUCACCGAUCUCUUCGGGCGACGAAGACUUGGAUUUGAGUCAAAACGACGACAACCCGUACGACGAGGACAACGACGACAAUGAGGCGGACGGCCAGAGCUCGCAACAGGCGGUCCAUCGGCGGCGCCGACACCACAGGGAUGGCAGCGGUCGGCGCCAUAAGGGAGACAAACACCGACACAAACACCGCCGCAAACGCAAACACAAGACGUCAGUGCAGUCGUCGCCGACCACCGCAUCCGCAGUCGUCGUUCAGAGCUCGUCCUCCCAUAAGAGUCACCGCCGACGGCAUCGCAAUCACCACUCGUUUGACACAGAAUACGACUUCGAGCCGAAGCCACAGAUAAUCACUAAUAAACCUCUCGUUCAAUACGACGACGUCUCGGAAAACGACGACAUUUUGUCCGAUAGGAUGGAAGUGGAAGAGGGAGAGGUCGAGGAGGAAGAGGGAGAAGUGAGCGGAUCCGCCGAUCAGAGACCACCCAAACAGCGGACCACUGUUCCGGCGAAACGGUCGCGAACUAAGACACCGCCGUUGGAACCGAUCCGACGCUCCAGAAGUAAAUCGCCUGAAGUGUCCGGUCAUCAGAAGGCGCGCUCGCCAUCGAAGUCACCGCCAAUGUCUCCGCCUAUGGAACCGUUGCGGCGCUCCAGAAGUCAAACGCCGGACACGUCGAGCCAUCAGAGGAUUCGUUCGCCCUCUAAGUCGCCCCAAAUGGAGCCCCCAUUGCGUCGCUCCAGGAGUCGGUCGCCGCCUGUUUCCGGACAUUACAAGAAGCAAAUGAUGAUUACAUCGAAGUCU